GUUUCAUAUUUCAGAUUUGACAGUGCUUGAGGAGAAAGGAACAAGAGUUAGUCGUUUCUAGCUAAUUUUUUGUAUAACAUUUAGGUCGCCAUGGAGACUCUGUGGUGACGGCGUUGCUUAUAUAAUUAGUUGGAUAAAAUAUUAAAACAUCACGUUUAUUAAAGCGAAAAUAGACAAUAAUGACGCCGAACAAAUUAAUAUUUUGUUCACUCGCGGUAUUAAUUGGAAACUUGGUGUUAACCUGCGCUAAAGACUCUGAGGAGAAGGGAAAAGCUAACGGCUUGAACAGCACGGCUGCGCGUUACCCGCGCGCGCCCCCGAUGUGCACGGGACCCACGGAGGUGCGCGACGCUUUUAAGUACAUCAACGCGGCCGUCUCGUGCCUGGUGUUCGUCGCGGGACUGGUGGGGAACUCGGCGCUGCUGCGCAUCAUUUAUGCACACGAGCGCAUGCGCAACGGGCCCAACCUGCUCAUCGCCAGCCUGGCACUGGGAGACCUGGUACAUGUGGUCAUUGGCAUCCCCAUCAAUGUGUACAAGCUCCUGGCUGAAGACUGGCCUUUUGGAGUGGGACUAUGUAAACUGGUUCCUUUUGUUCAGAAAGCAUCGGUUGGAAUCACAGUCCUGAGUUUGUGUGCAUUGAGCAUAGACAGGUAUCGCGCAGUGGCAUCCUGGAACCGCAUCAAAGGGUUUGGAGUACCCAAGUGGACAACCAUUGAGAUCAUUUUAAUAUGGCUGCUCUCCAUUGUGUUGGCGGUGCCUGAGAUCAUUGCCUUUGACAUGAUCACUAUGGACUAUAAAGGAGAUCACCUGAGGAUCUGCCUGCUGCAUCCUAUGCAAAAGAGCCAGUUCAUGAAGUUUUAUAAAUCAGCAAAAGAUUGGUGGCUCUUCAGCUUUUACUUCUGUAUGCCACUGGCCUGCACUGCCGUCUUCUACUCCCUGAUGACCUGUGAAAUGCUGCGGAAGAAGGACAGCACGCAGCAUGCUCUGAAUGACCACUUAAAACACAGACGGGAAGUGGCUAAGACUGUGUUCUGCUUGGUGCUGGUUUUUGCUCUGUGUUGGCUACCUCUGCACCUGAGUCGCAUCCUCAAGCUGACCAUUUAUAAUGAAGCAGAUCCGAACCGCUGUGAGCUUUUGAGUUUUUUUCUGGUCCUUGAUUACAUCGGGAUCAACAUGGCAUCAGUGAAUUCAUGUAUCAAUCCAAUAGCUUUAUACAUGGUCAGCAAGCGCUUCAAGAGCUGUUUCAGGUCUUGCCUGUGUUGUUGGUGCCUGCCUCCAGAGAUGUUAGCUAUAGAGGACAAAGAGAUGUGCAUGAAACUGAAAAUGGACCGAGGAUCAGAGAAGAGCAGCUGUCGAGCCUCAAACAAGUACACAUCCGUUUAAACUGGUCUAGGUCAGUAGCUGCAUUUAGAAAUAGCACUUCAUUCCAGUAUGGUUUGAACGCACCCACGACUCGGAUCCCCCUACAACUGCAAGUGCGGAUCACCUGGCCAACUCAAGUGGUCCCAUGCUUCACAAGAGGAGGAGGAUGUAAUGUAAAGAGGAUUUAUAAAAGAACACACACACACAGAAAGCACAAGAUUCUCUGUUUGUAUUGUAUGUAAUAUGAUUAUUUUGACUAGAUAGCUUUGCUAAUGAGGUAGCAUGCUAAUGAGCAAGCAACAAAAAGUCAGACGUCUAUUAGUUCUUAUCUAUAUAUUAAUUAAUUAAUAUAGAUACACUAGAUGCAUUUGAUUGCCGUUUUAAAAAGUAAAAGAAAAUAUUACUAGUAUGUAUGUUUAUCAUAUUUAAAUAUGUACCUUUGUUCUGCUAUUAUUAUAUACA